AGUCCGCUGCGUGAAGAGAGAGAGCGGAGAUCAGCUGACUUGUCAAACACAUUACGCAGUGUUUGUUUGGUUUUUUAUUUAUUUAUUUAUACCGCACGUUGAACUGGAGUCAUGGCAGCCAAAAUGGAGCUUGCUCCUCUCAGACCGUGGGGGGACUUCUUCCCCGGAGCGGACCGGUUCUCUAAACCCGAGUUCGGAGAUUUGUCCAAGUGGAACAACAGAGUGAUCAGCAAUUUGAUGUACUACCAGACCAACUAUUUUGUGGCGGCCUUGGUGGUUUUCCUCGUUGUUGGGUUCCUGAAUCCCUUCGGCAUGUUCCUGGGUGGUGCUGUGGUGUGUGCAGUCUUCGCUGGCUCUGUGUGGGCCGGUGAAAACAAGGCCACAAUCAAGAACUUCAAGAGGAAGAACCCCACUCUGUUCGUGAUCGCCGUCAUGGUCACCAGUUACUUUGUGUUGUCUCUGUGCGGAGGUGUCAUGGUCUUCAUCUUUGGCAUCACGUUCCCCUUGCUGUUGAUGCUGAUUCAUGCAUCUCUGAGACUGCGCAACAUGAAGAACAGGCUGGAGAACAAGAUGGAAGGCGUUGGGCUGAAGAAGACCCCGAUGGGCAUGAUCAUGGAUCUUCUCGACCAGCAGGAGGAGAAGAUAAACAAGAUUCAGGAUUUUAUUGAAAGUAAACUGAAGGAGUAAUCCUCGAGCUAGCUGAGUGCCAAAGAGAGCGAGCUUAAUACAGAAGGGUUUGAAAUGGUUACAGCAUCUUCCUGGUGUGUCAAUAUUUUCAGUCCCUGCACAUGUAAAAUUACUGAUAUUUGCAUUCCCACUUUUUACCCAUUUUAGUUUUAGAUCCCGUGUAUUCAUGUUAACUCUCACAAUAUAGUGUACAGAUGAUCACUGCUGUGUUGGCAGGAAGUUGAGAGGCAAUGUGCCCUACAUAAGGGGAGAUAAUUCCUAAGUGCAAACGUGUCCAAAAUCAACUAAUUUCAGAUAGUGAUACUUGCUUUGUUAUAGAUCAUGACUGAGUAUUUAUUUCAGCUGAAUUAUGUCAAUUAUUUCUACUAAAUAAGUAAAAAGAUGCAAAAAUGUGUUAUGUAAACAAAAACAAAGAAGGAAAGAAACCAAAACAUUUAUGUUUGCUACCUCAGAAUGAGCACAUUUAUCCGUCACAUCACUUAAUAAACCCAUAUUAAACAAAUAACCAAGGCCCAGGAGAGUGUAAACACCCCUCUGAAAAAGCCAGGUUUUUAUAACUAAAGAACUGUUGUACAUAAUGUUUAACCAUUAUCCAAUUUUCAUUUAACAAAUAUCCUUUUAAAUUUCAACUGUAAAACAAACAAAUCUGGGUAAAAUAUAUUGAAAAAAUUUAAAAAAGCUGUAAUAGCACGGUGACAUAAGUAUGCACACCGUUAGUUUAAUCCAUUAAUUAAAUUGUCGGGUACACGUCUAGCAUUAUUUGUUGUAAAUCUGAUUAACCAGAAAUAAAGAUCAGCUGUCCUUUUUGGAUUUUCCUGCCUUUCGUUCCUGUGCUUCUUAAGAAGUUGCAAGUGAUUUAAAUUAUGUCAUUAAAUAGGCGUAUCUUCUAGGAAAGGAGCACAAACAGAGGUUCACGUUAUAACAUUUACCAAGCGUCUGGGCAGACAGUCAUCAAUAAUUGAGGAAAAUAUGGGGAAGGAAUGACUUUACAGACAUUGAAUGUUAUUUCCAGAAUGAUCAAAAAAUGCAAAAUGGCAACCGGUCAGGGAGUUUGUCAGGAAGUUGAGAUUAACACUGAAGGAGCGGCAGGAUGUUCUGUCAAGUACUGUUUUUGUGACAACAAUCUCUUGUAUUCUCCGAAUGUCCGGUUCUAAAGUGUAGGGUUGCAAAACACAGUCGCUGAAGUAUUCUGCUGCAUCUCUUUUUUUUUUUUUUUUGCACAAUCAUUGAAGCUCCGGACCCAGCUGAAAUAUCCCUUUGCUUUGUGGGAGAGUAGAUAGGGUAUGAUGAACCCAAACAUCUGAUUCCCAAUUCCCAAUCACCCCCCCUCAAGAGUUGUCUGUUACUAAUUUGAUUUAAUCAUUAAAAGUCAAACUGUUGAAAGGAU